UGGGUCGAGCUCAAACACAUGUGUCGGAAUUUGGAUCCGACAAUCCACGACCAGACCACUAACCUGCGAUUGGUAAAAUUAUCUAAGAAAGGCCACGUGUCAUCACACAUUCUCCUGACUUCGCCAUCAUCAUUAGCCCCACGCAAAAAGGGAAAACAGAAUCCAUUCCUUAAAUCGAUUUCAUCCAGAUCUAAACUCGAGCUUUUGUUGAUCGAAAAAAUGGAAGAGGAUUUGAUUAAGCGCCUUGAAGCUGCGGUUACGAGGCUUGAGGGGAUCUCAAGCAACGGAGGAGGAGUAGUUUCUCUUUCCCGCGGAGGAGAUUUCUCCUCCGCCGCCGGAAUCGAUAUCGCGUCGUCCGAUCCAUCGAUUCUGGCUUAUGAAGAUCUGAUUUCUCAAUGUGUUGGUAGGGCUCUGACCGCCGCUGAGAAAAUCGGUGGACCUGUUCUAGAUGUGACUAAGAUAGUCGCCGAAGCUUUUGCUUCCCAAAAGGAGCUGCUUGUUCGCAUCAAGCAAACUCAGAAGCCUGACCUCGCUGGAUUGGCUGGAUUUCUCAAACCGUUGAAUGAUGUUACAAUGAAAGCUAAUGCAAUGACUGAAGGAAAAAGGUCGGAUUUUUUCAAUCACUUGAAGGCUGCAUGCGAUAGUUUAUCUGCAUUGGCUUGGAUUGCUUUCACUGGGAAAGAUUGUGGUAUGAGCAUGCCAAUAGCUCAUGUGGAAGAAAGUUGGCAAAUGGCUGAGUUUUACAACAAUAAGGUUCUGGUGGAGUAUCGUAACAAAGACGCAGAUCAUGUGGAGUGGGCUAAAGCCUUAAAAGAACUUUAUUUACCUGGUUUAAGGGAAUAUGUCAAAAGUCAUUACCCCUUGGGACCUGUAUGGAAUGCAUCAGGGAAACCUGCUAGUGCUCCUGCAAAGGGUCCACCUGGUGCUCCUGCUCCUCCACCAGCACCCCUCUUCAGUGCUGAAUCUUCAAAGCCAUCAUCAUCGUCAAACCAGAAACAAGGGAUGUCUGCUGUUUUCCAGCAACUCAGCUCGGGUGCUGUGACCUCAGGUCUUAGAAAAGUGACGGAUGAUAUGAAGACAAAGAACCGUGCUGAUAGAUCUGGAGCUGUUAGUGCGGUUGAGAAGGAAACUCGUACCAGUAAACCGGCCUUUUCGAAAACUGGACCACCGAAAAUGGAACUUCAAAUGGGUCGCAAGUGGGCUGUUGAGAACCAAAUUGGGAAGAAGGACUUGGUUAUCAGCGAGUGUGAUUCCAAACAGUCUGUGUACAUAUAUGGUUGCAAAGAUUCUGUCUUGCAAAUACAAGGAAAAGUGAAUAACAUCACCAUUGACAAAUGCACGAAAGUGGGUGUUGUUUUCACGGAUGUUGUUGCUGCAUUUGAGAUUGUGAAUUGCAACAACGUAGAAGUGCAAUGUCAGGGUUCAGCUCCCACAGUUUCUGUGGACAACACAACUGGCUGUCAGUUAUAUCUAAACAAAGACUCAUUAGAGACAGCUAUAACAACAGCCAAAUCAAGUGAGAUCAAUGUAAUGGUGCCCGGUGCUACCCCUGAUGGAGAUUGGGUGGAACAUGCGCUGCCUCAACAGUACAAUCAUGUGUUUACUGAAGGGAAGUUUGAGACAACACCGGUCUCGCAUUCAGGUGCCUAAGCAAAGGAGAAACUAUUAUCACUCUGGAUUGUGCUUGAAUAUCAGGCCUUUUUAUACUCAUAUACUUUGUUUCUUCAGAUUAUAAUAGAGGAAAGAAUCUGUUUGUUUGUUUGUUGGUUUUUUCUUUUGUCUCUAUCCCCCAAUUUUGGGUUUGGAGGUUGUGGGUUUUUGAUUUUUUUGUGUGAUCUGAUCAUCUUGUGUCUUGUUCGUCCUUGGGGUUUUGGAUUUGGAUUUGGGUUUCUCGUUUCUUUUGUUUUUACUUGUGGGCUUGUCCCGAGUCCUUGCUGAUGACGUUGUGCACAAAUCAUACUUAUCAUGGAUAGAAAAAGUUGCAAUCCUGUUUUUGGAAUAUGCAGUUAUUUAUUUAACCUUUUUCUUUGGUUUUGUUUUGUAUAUGAUGUGACCAC